GAAGCACCGUAGGAAUGGAUGAUUGGACCCAACCAAGAAGCCGCAGCGGCAGCCGCAGCAGCACCAACUUCAACUUGACUUGCCUUGUAUUGUACUCCUCUAUUCCAACUCCAACUCCAAAGUUGUCAUCAUCUCUCUUCACAAUUCCUUCUGUCUUCUGUAUCAUUAUAAUCCAAGAACACAUGUACAUACAUGUAUGUAUGAGCAAGAGAAGAGAGAGUUCUUUCUCACGAAAUAAAAAAUAUAAAGAAUUAAAGAACCCAGCACCCGUUAAAACAUCUUUGAAGCACAGCCAAGCCAACUGUAAUCAAUAAAAUUCAGUAAUGAGUAGCGGUAGUCAGUCCUCCUCCUCCUCCUCCUCCUCACAAAUCCUCUGCGCUUCUUUUAAUCAAGACAACAGUGGCUUUGCGAUAAGCACCAGAGAUGGUUUCAAGAUCUUCGAUUCUAAUACGGGACGUCUCUGUUAUGAACGAGCUUCUGGAGCUUUUGUUGUUGUGGAAAUGCUAUAUAGUUCAAGCCUCCUCGCCAUUGUUGGCGGCGGUGAACAGCCAUCUCUAUCUCCCCGGCGACUCUGUUUGUUCAAUACUACAACAGGAACUGCUCUUCGCGAAUUGAAUUUCUUAACUUCAGUCCUCGCCGUCCGAUUGAAUAAAAAGAGGCUUGUUGUUGUUUUGCAAGAAAAGACUUAUAUCUAUGAUUUAAAUACGCUGGCAAUAUUGGAUGCCAUCGAUACAGUUCCUAAUGUAAAAGGACUUUGUGCAUUCUCUCCUAGUUUGGAUGGCUGCUUCUUGGCUCUUCCUUCCAGCACGACCAAAGGAUCUGUUUUGGUGUACAAUGUCAUGGAGCUUCAUUCACAUUGCGAGAUAGAUGCUCACCGUUCGCCAUUGGCUGCAAUUGUCAUGUCUUUCAAUGGGAUGUACAUUGCAACAGCAUCUGAGCAGGGGACCAUAAUCAGAGUUCAUCUGGUAUCAGAAGCAACUAAGUCAUAUAGUUUUCGAAGGGGGACAUACCCAUCAACAAUAUUUUCCUUGUCAUUUGGACCAUCAACGCAACUUCCAGAAAUUCUUGUAGCCCUGAGUAGUUCAGGUUCCAUUCAUGUCUUCUCACUGGGUCUUGCCAUAAAUCAGAGAGGCAGAAGAUCAAGCAGUUUUCUUGGAUCAUUAUUACCUGAUUCUGUAAAUGAUGCAUUUGAUCCAGCUCAUCACCGUGUGCUUCAAAAGGCUGUUCCUGCUGGAGUUAAAAGCAAUGUGGUCGUGCGCAAGGUAGACAAGAUUGCUGACACAAGUUUAUCUGAAUCUGUAGCUUCUAGGGCCACGCUAUCAGUAAUAACCUUUAAUGGGCAUUUUUUAGAGUACACUGUAGAUGUUAACACUCAAAAUGAAUCUAAAUGGCGUUUGGAGAGUGAAUUUAAUCUCUUGGCAGUGAUAUCAGGUGAAGAGCAACAUUUUCAGCUCGUAUGAUGAUGCUCUGAUAGCACCGUUGGUAGCAUAACAGAACUGUUCAAGGAACUUGAAGAAACUGUUCUUGAAAUAUAGUACACUGCCUAAACCGAUGACCGAGAUCUGUGAUUCUUCGGAGCAUACAUGUAAAUAAACCAGAUUUUGAUAUAGCAAAGCAAAUUUCUACAGUUCCCUCAUUUUGUACAGUUGAUUUGUUUAGAUAUGUAAAGUAGAGAGAUAAUCCAAGUAAUAGAUGCAUGUUCUGCAUUAUUUUGCACA